AUGCCUCUCGUUGUCCCUCUUAAAGAUGCUGCUGAAGCGGCAAUCGAAAAGCUCAGAAAUGAAAUGAAUCCAAAAAUCGAAAAGCCCGAGUUAAUCAAGCAAAUGGAAGACACUGCAAUCAAAGAUUCGGCAGAAGUUGAGAAGGAGAACGAUGAGGAUAAACCAGCAACUCCAAACAUGAGUGAUGAGUUGAAGAAGAUGCUCGAUGAAAUGUACAAAUCGUAUACACCGCAUGAAGACGUCUAUCCGCCAACUCCAAAGAAAGGGGACAUUGUGAUCCCACUCGGCUGCCUUGCCAAAUGCAUCUGCUCUCCAGAUUGCACCAAAGAGUUACCAGUACCAGCGUACCGGAUUCUAGGAGACUCUGAAGAAGACGAGAGAUGGUGUACAGAUGUGAUCACAGAACAAGAAAUCUACGAAGUUCAGAUUGCUGGAAUGAUUAUGACAGCAAGAGCUCAAGAGAGACAGAAGACUCACAAGACGGCUCAGAAGAAAGUGGAUCAUUAA